CUCCUUUAUAUAUCGUCAAAUCAUCGCACCCUGUAGGUUCAGGAACCACAUAUUCUUUAUACACAAAUGACUAAAAUCUUUUCACUGGUAAUCCUCGUGCUCUCAAUGCUUAUCGGUAUAGCUUCUGCCGUCCCUGCCUUACCAUCUCCCUCUGCAAGUUUGAGCCGAGUGUCUCUGGUUGGCAGAGCCGCCCAAGCAGGCCAUGGAGGCACUACUACUAAUGCUACAACAACCACUACAACUACCACUACUACUAAGAGUAAGAAAAGUAACUUUGUAUCUGCUCCCAUUCUUGAAAGUGGAACACUGUUCUACGUUGGUCUCGCCGCUACUGUUGUCCUAUGGAGCUCAGGAAAGUCUGUAGACUACGCUCUCCAGCGUCAAGAACGGUACGCUCGCUACUUGGCAACCAAAUAAUUAACUCGAAAAGACUGGGGCUUUUCCAAGUAGAUUCCAUAAAUUUUACAUCUCAUAGUAGCCUAUGUUAUAGCAUACGCUGCACUUAUUUUAUCUUACUCUUAGAAGUGUGAUUGUAUAUAGAUAUAUAUUAAAGAACAGUAUGUCACUCUAUUUUUUGAAAAGUGAGC